AUGCCUCCACAGGAGGAGAAAGCAGCACCCCUAUGCAGCAGCAGCAGCAGCAGCAGCAGCGGAAGCAAAAAGGAGGAGUGUUACAUCAGUAGUAAGGGAGACAGCAUGAGUAGUAGCACGAACAGCAAGAACAGCAGCAGCAGCGACAGCAGCAGCAGCAGCGACUGCAGCACACUAUGCAGCAACAGCAGCAGCAACGAGAGCAGCGCCAUCUGCUGCAGCAAGGAGUGCAACAGCAGCAGCAGCACAAUGGAUAUCGACAGCAGCAAUGACAGCAGCACAUCAUGCAGUAACAGCAGCAACAAAGCAAGCAGCGCCAGCUGCUGCAGCAAAGACAGAAGCAGCAGCAGCAGCAGCAGCAGCAGCACUAAGGACACCGGCAGCAGCGCCGACAGCAGUAAAGCAUGCAGCAACAGCAGCAGCAAAAGCAGCAGCGCCAGUUGCUGCAGCAAAGACAGCAGCAGCACCAAAUCCAGCAGCAGCAGCAAGGACAGCAGCAGCAGCAGCAGCAGCAGCAGCAAUGACAGUAGCAAGAAGAAAGACAGCACGAAGAAGGACAAGAACAGCACCACCAGUAGCAACAGCAGCAACAGCAGCAGCAGCAGCAGCAACAGCAGCAGCAGCAGCAACAACAAGGUAGUAUGGAGCAAGGAAUUAGAGGAUGUUAUGAUUGCUGCUUGUUAUAAACAAUUAACAUACAGUACUCGUAGAGACCUAGAAAGAAGAGUCAGGUCGGGGACAGGAACAGAGACGAAGGCAUCAAAGAAUUGCUGUUCCUCAGUGCAGCAGCAGCAGCAACAGCAGCAGGAGCAGCAGCAGCAGCAGCAGCAUGGCUGCUGCGGCGGUGGCGGUGGCGACCACCACUCUUGUUGCUCUUCUUCUGCAGACUCCGACCCAUUAGCAGCAGGAGGAGAAGCAGCAGCAGCAGGAGAAGCAGGAGGAGAUAAAGAUGCAGCAGCAGCAUCAGGAGCAGGAGCAGCAGGAGCAGCAGCAGCAGCAGCAGCAGCAGCAGCAGCAGCAGCAGCAGCACCAUAUAUAUUUUGUAGAGAUUCAUCAGAUAAUUUAGGUAGACGUCUUGAUGAAUGUCUAAAAAAAGAGAAAUUAAAAACCCUAAUUCCUAAUAUAUGCGAGAGGGCAGCGAGGGUUUAUACAAAUGUACUACUUAGAGGAGAAAAAGAUGGUAUGAAGAUUGAGAAAGGAGGACCAGAGGAUAUUCAUCUUCAUGAAGAAAUACUUAAGGAGGCCCUUGUUAGGGAAAUACAGAUGCAGAUAGCACAAGAGAUGCGUCAUGAACAACUCCUUGACAGUCGAGAAGGAGGUUUGUUAGCAAACCCUUCUGCAUACAACGAAGGACCUCUUUGUUUCCUUCAAUCAGAAACAAUUCGUGAUUUAAUGGUUGAUGGUGUUGCUGUACAAAGAGGAUUCUUAGGAGAAGAAGUAAACCCUAAACCCUAA